AGAAGACAGGCAGGGUUCUCUUCCUGUUUGGCCGAGGGAAUCGGUAUCGGACGUCUUCCCACGGCAUAACCCUACGGAUUGAGACCCAUUUUAACACCCAUUUUCUUGAUAAUAUAGUCGAUUGCACGGACGAAGAUCAUGGGGGGGAUCAAACAGGAGCAGAGUGAUGCUUCACAUCAGCCCAAACCUUCACAUUCAGCAGAUCAGCCACCAGAGGAGCCAAAGAAGAGAGGAUGGCCAAAGGGAAAGAAAAGAAAGAAGGUGCUACCAAAUGGUCCAAAGGCACCGGUAACAGGAUAUGUCCGCUUCCUGAAUGAACGGCGGGAGCAUAUGCGGGCCCGAUACCCUGACUUACCUUUCCCAGAAAUCACCAAGAGACUCGGAGCCGAGUGGACACGAUUAGCCCAGAAUGACAAACAGCGCUACCUGGACGAGGCUGAACGGGAGAAGAUGCAGUAUGCCCAGGAACUGAAGGAAUAUCAGCAGACUGAGGCCUAUCAGAUCACCAGUGCCAAGAUACAAGACAAGAGGAUCAAGAAAGAAGACACUCCAUCUGUCAUCAUCAGUACUAGUUCAGAGUCAUCUUUAUCAAAGGCUUCUGACCUCUCAAGCAGAUUUGACAUCCCUAUCUUCACAGAGGAGUUCCUCGAUCAGAACAAAGCUCGAGAGGCUGAGUUGCGACGGCUUCGUAAGGCCAACAUUGAGUUUGAAGAGCAGAACGCAGUGCUUCAGCGGCACAUUAAGGACAUGUACAACGCUAAAGAGCGACUGGAAGCUGAACUGGGGCUGGACGAGAAGCGAACCCAGGCUCUUCACCAACACUUGUUGGCCAUUAAACACACACUGGUCAACAGUCUGUCAUCAGUCCCCCUGCCAGGUACAGGUGAGACGGCGUCUCUUGGGAACUUGGAUUCAUACCUGAGUCGUCUCAGUGGAGUGCUAGAGGGAAACCCUCACAAGCAUCGUGCUCUGCUCACCCAACUUUGCGAUGUCCUCUCUCAUCUGGACAGUGAGAAGUUAUGAGGAGACUCCAGCUGGUGACCCUUUCAUUCCUGCACCAGAGGGGACACAUGACAGGCUCUGUGGUAUUGGGUCAAGUCAGUGUCAUUCAACAUAGCACGUGGAUAUCUCAAGGAUAAUGAA